AUGUGGCAGCUAGAUGCCCGUGCUGUUUUUCCACCUGGGGCCUAUGUGUGGCCUGCGAUUUUCAUGACCGGCGAUGGCUGCUUCACGGGUUUCCCUGUGGGCAAUGUAGCAUCACAGGAGGUCGCAGCGCAGGUCCAGACAGGAGCAGCCCAGGCAAGCGAUGUAGCGCAGCCAGCUCAGGUGAAUGAGGCGACUUCAAACGGCUCAAACUCACCUCGAAAUGGCAUCAGCCGCACGUCCGCUAGCCGGAAGCAGCGUCGCCGUUUGAAAGCAGCGAAUGCGGAUUCUGUAAAGAGCUCUGCUGCAGAGGAACAGCUAGAGAAGGCGCAUCCAGCGCUCCCCGGCCUGAUCAAUGGUCCCCGUGCGCAGCAGGUGGCGACCUCUUUGCCAGUGUGCCCAGGGCCUGUACUUCCGGAGUCGCCUGCCGAGGCCCAGCAGGAGGAGGUCUCACGCAGUCCGGUGAAUUCUGAGGGCCCUGGCCAGCUCUGGCCGCCGACACCCGAGUCUACGCCGCCAUGCUCUCCACGAUUUCAGAGCUUCUGCGCCUUUCCAGGCGUCUGGCAUGUAGAGAUGCCAAGCAUGAUCUUGCCAGAGCCGGUGGCGUUGCCUGAGAUGCCGACGAUGCAAGUGGAGGAUCUCCCGGAUGCCGAAUCCCAGGCAUGCGAACGGAUGAUCUCCCAACUGGACGAAGAUGCCAGUCGAGCAGAGGUGAUGGAGGCGCUUUGGACUUCCGCUUGGUCAAUGGCCUGCACCCCUGGCGGCACUCGUGUUGUCCAGAAGGCGUUGGAGGUCGCCGACACCACGGAGCGAAUUUCUCUGGCAGAACAGCUGCAGGGCCACGUCAAGGAAGCUUUUGCGUCACCCCAUGCCAACCAUGUUCUUCAGAAGUGCAUCGAGCUCAUUCCUCCAGACCGCCUCCACUUCGUUCUGUCUGAGAUGCUUGGGCAUGCAGUUGCAGCAGCACGGCACCGCUAUGGCUGCCGUGUUCUGGAGCGUCUCCUGGAGCAUUGCCCCAGUGAGCAGACGGCUCCCCUGGUUGAGGAGGUCCUUGCAGGAGCUCCGCAACUUUGUCGUCACACCUUCGGAAACUUUGUUGUGCAGCACGUGCUCGAGCAUGGGACGGUCAGUCAGAAGCACCAAAUCGUGGAUGUCAUUCACGCUGAUAUCCAGCGUUUGGCGCGGCACCGCGUCGCCAGUCACGUUGUGCGGUGCGCGCUGAAGCACAGCACGCCCGAAGACAGGCAGAAGCUGGUGCAGGCCAUUCGGAAAGACCCUGCAGACCUAGCAGAUUUGGCUCACCAUCAUUGCGGAAGCUUUGUUGUGCGAGAGAUGCGUCGUUCAGACGGUUUGCACCGCUGA